AUGGCGUACUAUACCGACUCAUCCUCCUCCGAAUCGGAGGACUUUGAGGAUGUGAUUAACCAGGUCGUUGCCGAGGAGGAUAUAACUGGGGCGGCAUGGUACGAUGGACAUCUCUCGGAGGAAGAUUCUCCUGGGGGGAAGCCUCGUCCUAAGGAGCAGCUUCCCAAGGACAUCGUUAAGAUGGAUGCCAGGGCGUACCAGCUGGAGAUGCUCGAGGCCAGCCUCAAGGAGAACAUCAUUUGCGCCAUGGACACAGGCUCAGGGAAGACACAUGUGGCUAUAUUGAGAAUAAAGGCAGAGCUUGAGGAGAUGCCCGAGGGUCAGGUGGUCUGGUUUCUCACGCCCACAGUGUCCUUGUGUGCUCAGCAGUACGCGGUCGUGAAGGCGCAGAUCCCCUCGGUCCAGACCAAAAUCGUCACAGGCGCCGACAAGGUGGACAGCUGGUCCUCUACAACCUGGGACGGCGCCCUCCUCAACGUCAAGGUCAUCAUAACGACCCCUCAAGUGCUUCUUGACGCUCUCCUGCAUGGUUUCGUCAAUAUCUCAUCACUCGCGCUCAUGGUCUUCGACGAGGCUCACCACUGCAACAAGAAUCAUGCCUAUAGUAGAGUCAUGAAGGAGUUCUACUGGGAAUCCAAGACCAAACAUGAACCAGUGCCUCGUAUCCUGGGCCUGACGGCGAGUCCGGUAGUACGCUCCGACAUCUCGAGCCUCAAACGCCUCGAAUCCACGCUAGACGCUGUCUGCCGGAGCCCAACAAGACACAGAGAGGAGCUCAUAGCGAACUCGCAGCGCCCUGCCCUGUUCAGUAUCAUAUACAACCCGAAAUUACAGCCCUACGCCGCUGGCUUUUCAGAGUCCCUCACAAAACUGAUGGCAGCUCGCAACAAGCUGAACAUCUUGGAGGAUCCGUACGUUGUGUCUCUCCGGGCCGAGAUAUCUGAUCGCUCGAGGAGAAAACUCGAGAAGGCGAUCAAGGAGAAGCGGACGUAUGUACAGGAUACCAUGAAAUCGUUCUGUAGGAGGAGUAUGGAGAUGGCCAAAGAGCUUGGCGCCUGGGCUGCGGAUUGGUUCAUCUCCGAGGCGAUACGGCUCUUCCUGGCUGGCAUUUAUAGGCAGGGAGCUUCCAGCAAGAGCUUCAGGGACGCUGAGGUGAUCUUCCUAGCCAGGGUCUUUCAGGACGCCAACAUCGAGCCUCCUCCACCCCUGACUACACACUCGGGCCUGUCAGAAAAGGUCCAGCGGAUCAUCGAGGUGCUCCUGAAUUACGACAAAGACGCGAGAGCAAUCUGCUUCGUCAAAGAGAGGGCUACCACAGUGGUGCUCUCCCACAUAUUGACAACCCAUCCGGAGGUCAGCAGCAAGUUUCGCAUAGGAACCAUGGUCGGUACCUCUUUCGUGCCAGGCGUGAAACGCGAUUUCUUGGACCUGCCCGAAACAGGCGGCUCUCAGUGCCUGGAGGCCUUCCGGGAGGGCAGGAAAAAUAUGCUCGUGGCAACCAGCGUUCUGGAGGAAGGGAUUGACGUGCCUGCUUGCAAUCUCAUCAUAUGCUUCGACAAGCCGAACAACCUGAGAGCUUUCAUCCAGAGGCGAGGUCGGGCCCGCAUGCGGCAAUCGCAUCUCUACCUCUUCGUGGAGGACGAAGCCGAAGCUGACUGGGAGGCUCUCGAGGCUCAGAUGAAGCUACAGUACGAAGACGAGAAGCGAGAACAUGAGAGACUCGAAGCAAUCGAGAACUCUGAGGCUCUUGACUACCCUGAGGAGUUGCGCGUCGAGAGCACCGGGGCACGGCUCACCAUCAACGACGCGAAAUCACAUCUGCAGCAUUUUGUAUCGACUCUGGCAUCACGUAAAUUUGUCCAAACUCAACCCGACUAUCUCAUUGAGAAAGUGAGCCAAGGCUAUCAACCCGGGGACCAACCCCUUCUGAAAGCUACCGUGUUGCUACCUGUCUCGGUGCCCCAGGCCCUCCGCCAGGUCACCAGCAGCAGAACUUGGGUGUCUGAAAAGAAUGCGUGCAUGGACGCCGCAUUUCAGGCCUAUAAGGCUCUGUACGAGGCAGGACUUGUGGACGACCACCUUCUGCCCCUGAGGGACAGAUUGGAGCUCGAGCUCGAGGUUCGCCCUGGAAUGAGGGAAGUCCGGGGGCUGUACAAUCCCUGGCUGAGCAUUGCUGCGGCGUGCACUCAAGGAGACGUACCGCUCUGCCGCCGAGCCUUAAAGGUGUCGGACGGGAACAACUCAGAGCUCUGCGAGUUCGAACUCGCCAUCCCUGUUGCUCUGCCUGAGAUGAAGCCCAUGGUCGUGUGGUGGGACCAUCGCGCCCAACUGACCCUACGCAUAGACUCGGAUGCGGUGAUGGCUGACACUGAUGUGCGACAUGCGGAUCAGACCACCAUAAACCAGCAGGACCAUACUUCCGUUCUCUUGUCACUGGCGUACGGCCAUCGCAACAUGACCAUCCGAGAUGACUGCAUUCUGCGCCUUGUGUCCAAGUCUGGCCCGCUUUCGAUGGAACAGCUUGGACAGGUCGAAUUCGCCCCCGGCCUUGUGACAGCCAAUGGAUCGAGUUAUCUGGUGCGCGACGAACGAGACCAGUCUCGACAUCCUUACUACUUUGAAUCUGUAUUGCCGUCCAAGCCCCCAGCCGAGUCCAUUCGAAAGGUGUACAGGGGCUUUGAUGAAGACCCGACAGAAGCCACCUAUUUGUCUGUAAGAAAAUGGCCCAAGAAGACAGGCUUCUUCCACCGACCAUGUUCUCCUCAGCAUUCUCCCAGCACAAAACCUUACGCCUACAUUCUGCCGGCAGAGACAACCACAGUUGACCGCAUCCCCCUAGUGUAUGCGCAGAUGGGUCUGCUCAUGCCUUCUCUAGUCUGUUAUACUGAAUUAUAUCUGGUGGCUGCUGAGCUUUCAAGGAAGGUGCUGGCACCACUGAGAAUCUCCAAUGUCUCGAUGCUUGUGGAGGCCAUCUGUGCCAAGAGUGCACGAACUCCAGAGAACUAUGAGAGGAUUGAGUUUCUAGGCGACAGUAUCCUCAAAACAUGCAUUACUGUUAAUCUUGCCGCAACAAAACUGCACCUGCCCGAGGGCAUUCUGUCUCUUAUGAAAGAUAGACUGGUCUCGAAUGCCAGGCUGUGCCGGGCAGCUUGUGAUGCCGAGCUAGACCAAUUUCUUGUCACCCAGCAACUUGUAACGAAGGGAUGGCAACCUCCAUACAUGUCGGAUCUGGCCAAACAAGACCAGGAGCCAGAAUCUAAGCGCAUAUUGUCACCAAAGACGCUUGCGGACGUAGUGGAGGCUCUCAUUGGCGUGUCGUUCGUCGAUGGCGGACUGCCAAAGGCUCUGGAGUGCAUCCGUCUCUUUAUACCGGAAAGCCAGCCGCGGCCCUUCAGCGAGGUGCGAGACAUCCUGUUCGGGGCUGCCGAGCCGAAGGGCAUGAAGCUUCCUGCAGAUCUGCAGCUGCUCGAGCAGCUGAUUGAGUACAGCUUUUGCGAGAAGGCGCUUCUCGUGGAAGCCGUAACACACCCAAGCUACAAUGUCAGCGGAACAGUGGCGUGCUACGACCGCCUCGAGUUUAUCGGCGACGCCAUUCUCGACUACAUCAUCGUCGAGGAGGUCUUCGCCCUCGAACCGGCUCUCGAGAACUGGCAGAUGCACCUUUUGCGCACGGCACUUGUCAACGCCGACAUCCUAGGGUUCCUGAUCAUGGAGUGGAGCUACAAGCAAAUGGGCUUCGAGGUCUGCCGCGCCAACGAAGGCGACAGCGACAGCAAAAGUAGUGGCGACAGCACCAGCGACAAGGCCAGCCCCAGACUCGAGCAGACCGAAGUCCCCAUUCCUCUCUGGUCGUUCAUGAGGCAGUCCUCCGCGGAACUCACCAUGGAGAGAGAGAUCACCAAGGCGCGUUUCGAAGAACUCCGCGAUCCCAUCCUCGAGGCCAUGCGCUCUGGCACGCACUACCCCUGGGCCCUGUUCGCCCGCCUCCACGCGCAGAAGUUCUACUCCGACUUCUUCGAGGCGCUGGUCGGGGCCAUCUGGGUAGACGCGGGCCCUGGUUUCGAUGCCUGCAGGGCCUUUGUCGCGAGAUCAGGUGUCUUGCCGUACCUGAAGAGGCUGCUGAGGGAUCAGGUGCAUGUGCUACACCCCAAGGAAGAGCUAGGAAGGCUGGCGGGCAGGGAGAGGGUGGAGUAUGUGGUCAAGGAGACACUCAAGGAUGAUGGUGAUGGGAAGGAGUGGGCCUGUGAGGUGAGGGUCGGCGGUCGUUAUGUCACGGAUGUCACCGGUUGUCUGUUUAAGGAAGAGUCAAGGGUAAAAGCUGCCACGCAAGCUUGCGAGAUUUUGAAGAGGAAAUAGGCGCAGGUCUGGGGUUCGGACCGACAAGAAUGCCUUUUCUUGACUCACACCACUAACCAUGACGGCAAAUAAGGAAACAAAGAGAGAAGAAAAACGAGCUUCUGCAAUGGUAGACAUGGAUACGUCGAACUCCAGUUCUGGACAGGAUCAUGACAAUUCAAGCCCAAAACCUC